AUGCAUACUUCAAUUCGCUCAAAUCAGUUCGUUAUUCUGCGACUACCUUCGGAGACCAUAAAGAUCCAGAAAGUCGUCCCCAACACGUUAAUCAACUGCGGAAAAUUCGGAUCCUUUCCUGCAAACCAGAUCAUUGGCCGUCCUCUAUACGUGACAUACGAGAUUCUCGAAGUGCCCGGAAAUACCCGCCUGCGCAUUGUUCCCGCCGCAGAAUUACACGCAGAGUCAUUAAUAACGGAAGGAGAAGGUGAUGAUGAUGUUGAAGUAAAUGAGGAGGGGUUGCCCAUCCGUACGAACCAGAACACAGUCGAUGAUGCCUCAACGCAAAAGUUGACGCUGGAGGAGAUUGAAGCGUUGAAAAGGGAAUCAACUGACGCGGGCAAGGAUAUAAUCGCAAAGAUUCUGGAGUCGCAUUCGACUAUAGACCAGAAAACGGCAUUUUCGCUGGCCAAAUAUACGCUGCGCAAACAGAAGAAGUAUAUGAAGCGGUUUACGGUAUUCCCCAUGGACGUCAGCGGCCUCACGAACUACAUGCUGGAGAACAGGGAUUCAGCCUCGAAGAGCAUGGAGUUGCGGGAUGAACUAAUGGGUCUUAUUGGGAGCUGGGGAAAUGUGCACCAUGGCGGUGAUGCCACAUUACAAGAGACGUUGUCUAGACCCAAUGGCCGCUACCUCGUGGUAGACGAAACAGGAGGCCUGGUCGUCGCAGCCAUGGCAGAACGAAUGGGUAUCCUGUACCCUGAUGAAGAAGCAGAGAGCGGAGGAAAUGUGCCCGCCGAGGACGCCAGCACAGAAGCACCGACUUCAAGCCUACCACCAAGAAAGGACCGUCCAGGCCAAAUGUCCGCCACCGGAAACACAAUCACCGUCCUCCACCCAAACAAACAACCGAAUGUCUCUGUUUUGAAAUACUUCGGUUACGACCACAACUCCCCCGAAGAAUCUCACCCUCUAUACACCCACCUCAAAUCCGUCUCCUGGCUCCAACUCCUCGACCCCGAAGCCGACCCCAUCUAUGCCGAAGAACCCGCCGUUAUUCCCAACGCCGAGCUCGCAGCCCUCAAAACCAACAAACGCGGCGCGUAUCACCGGAAGCGCAACCGCUGGGCUCGUGUCCAGAGCGUUGUCAACGAAGUCCGCGCAGGCGGAUACGAUGGCCUCGUCGUCGCUACGCUCAUGGACCCAGAUAGCGUGCUCAAGCACGCCGUGCCCCUCCUUGCGGGAUCCGCUCCAGUCGUCGUCUACUCGCCUACCAUCGAGCCGCUCACCGAAAUCGCAGAUCUUUAUUCGACUUCGCGGAAAACGGCGUACAUCAACAAGAAGCGUGAACUGGAAGAGAAGCACGGUCAACCGGCGGAUGGCGAGUUUCCUGAAUUAGCUGCUGAAUUCGACUUGAAUCCUACAUUGAUGCUAGCGCCUACGCUGGAGACUGUCAGAGUGCGACAGUGGCAAGUUCUUCCCGGCCGUACGCAUCCCAUGAUGUCUGGCCGUGGAGGAGCGGAGGGCUACGUCUUCCAUGGUAUCAGGGUUAUCCCGUCGACUGGGUUCAUUCAGGCUGCUGGGAAUCCGAGCCGGAAGAGGAGAAAGGUUGUAGAGCAAUCAACUGCUACGCCUGGGAGUACGAGUGCGGAUGUUGAGAUGAAAUCAUGA